AUGAAACUUGGCAUGCUUGGGUUAGUAAUAUUAGCAGCAGCAGCUGCUCAAACCCUUCCCGGCUGCAAAGACAGUUGCGGAAACGUCAGCAUCCCAUACCCGUUUGGGUUGAACCCUGGUUGCUGCUUGGGCGAGGACUUUCUCAUCACUUGCAAUAACACCGCUUUCGACCCUCCACAAGCCUUCUUAACGACCUUUGAUAUCCCUGUACUCAACAUCUCUCUCGACGAGGGUCUCCUGCUCAUCACCUCCCACAAAACUUAUCGUAUUUACAGCUCUGGAAACACAACCUCAUACCACAGAGAGACUCUCAUUCUAGAAAAAUUUUCAAUUUCAGAUACCAAAAACAAGUUCACUGUCGUCGGAUGCGACACACUUGGUGUCAUUGUCGGUUUCUGGGGCCAAAGUUACACCACUGGUUGUGUGACGAAGUGCGAAAGCAUUAAUGAUGUUAAGAACGGUUCUUGCUCUGGCAUCGGCUGUUGCCAGACCACUAUCCCAAAAUAUGCCAUGGACUACGGUAUUACUCUCGUAAGCUAUGAAUAUGAUAACCAUGACUCUGUUUUUGAGGUCAAUAAUUGCAGCUACGGAUUUGUAGUGGGGGAUGGCUUUUACAAUUUCUCCUCUUCCCAUCUCUACAAUCUAACCACUUCUUCUUUUCCUAUGUUUCUUGAUUGGUCGAUCGGGUAUGAAACUUGUCAUGAAGCCAAAAAGAACCAGACAAGUUAUGCUUGCAAGGAAAAUAGCAAUUGCUCUGAUUCACAAAAUGGUCCUGGGUAUUUGUGCCAUUGCCUUGAAGGUUUCAAUGGAAAUCCUUACCUCCAAAAUGGAUGCGUAGAUAUAAAUGAAUGCGAAACAGGGUCACACCACUGCAGCCAUUUUACUUGUCACAACUAUCCUGGUGGAUAUGGCUGUUCAUGUCCACCAGGAUACAUUGGUGAUGGAUGGAACAACGGUACCAACUGCAGAGUCAAUCGCAACUCCAAGAGGUUUCCGGUCAUCGUUGUUGUACUGGGAAUCAGUAUUAGCCUCUUGGUUUCACUUCUUUUAGUUUCAUGGUUACACAUCGGACUCAGACAAAGAAAGCUCAACAAGCUAAGAGAGAAAUUCUUUGUGCAAAAUGGUGGGAGUUUGUUAAGAAGAGAACAUUCAAGACGCAAACUGUCUAAAGAAACAACUCAAAUAUUUACAGAAGAAGAUCUCAAGAAGGCGACGAAUAAUUACCACGAGAGCAGAAUCCUUGGUAGAGGAGGACAAGGAAUAGUCUACAAAGGUAUAUUACCAGAUGAACGUGUAGUAGCCAUAAAAAAGUCGUCCCGGAUUGGAGAUGAAAGGCAAGUUGAAGAAUUUAUUAAUGAAGUGAUCGUCGUCUCCCAAAUUAACCAUCAAAAUGUGGUUAAACUACUGGGAUGUUGUUUAGAGACACAAGUCCCUUUACUUGUUUAUGAGUUUGUCACAAAUGGUACACUCUUCCACCAUAUCCACAAUGUAGAAGACAACAAUAAUUCUCCACUGCUUCCCUGGGAGACUCGUUUCAAAAUAGCGAGUGAGACAGCCGGAGCACUUUCUUAUUUGCAUUCUGCUGCUUCAAUUCCAAUCAUUCACCGCGACAUCAAGUCUGCAAACAUUCUUCUAGAGGACGACUACACUGCCAAAGUAGCCGACUUUGGAGCUUCAAGGUUAGUCCCUAAUGAUCAGACUGAAUUAGUCACACUUAUGCAGGGCACUCUUGGAUAUGUGGAUCCUGAAUACUUGCAGACAAGCCAAUUUUCAGACAAGAGCGAUGUUUAUAGCUUCGGGGUUGUCCUUGUCGAGUUACUCACGGGAAAGAAGGCAUUUUCAUUUCGAAAUCCGGAAGACCUGAGGAACUUGGCUAUAUAUUUUGUUUCUGCAAUAAAAGAAGAUCGAUUGCUUGAAGUUCUUGAUCAUAGAGUGGUAAAUGCGAGCAAUGUUGAGCAGGUGAAGGAAGUAGCUAUGUUGGCUAGAAGAUGUGUGAGAGUGAAGGGAGAGGAAAGGCCAAGUAUGAAGGAAGUUGCAUAUAAACUAGAAGGGCUGAGAGUUAAAGGUGAUCAUGAUCAUCGUCCUUGGGUUGCUUGUGAUUUGUACCCAGAAGAAACUGAAAGGUUCAUUAAGCCAGCAAAUGGUGGUGAUCAUGGUGAUGCUGGCAGUGCUAGCACCAGUAGGACAACUGGGUAUUCUGUCAUGAGUAGCAUGGAAAUUAAAGCUGGAAAAUAUAAUCAAACAGUGAUGAUGAAACUUAGCAUGCUUGGGUUAACAAUAUUAGCAGCAGCAGCAGUAGUCUGCCAAGAAAGUUGUGGAAACGUCAGCAUCCCAUACCCAUUUGGGUUAACCCAAGAUUGCUACCUCGACGACCGCUUUCUCAUCACUUGCAACACCACCACUUCCGACCCUCCACAAGCCUUUUUAAGCACCAGUAAUAUUCCUAUUCCAAAAACAAGUUCACUGUCGUCGGAUGCAACACAGUUGGUGUCAUCCGUGGUUCCUGGUGUUGGAAACGUGCAACGCGGCGGAAGCCAUACUAUUCCUAUCACCUGGGGCCAAAAAUACACCACGGCUUGUGUCUCAUUGUGUGAUAGUAUUACUGAUGUAGUGAAUGGUUCUUGCUCUGGCGACGGCUGUUGCCAGACCAUUAUCCCAAAAAAUGCCAAGAGCUACGAGAUUUAUCUCGACAACUAUUUUGGAGAUGACGAUGUCUCUGUUUUCGGGUUCAAAAAUCGCAGCUAUGGGUUUGUAGUGGGGGAUGGUUUUUACACUUUCUCCUCUUCCCAUCUCUACAAUCUAACCAUAACUUCUUUUCCUAUGUUUCUUGAUUGGUCAAACGGGGAUCAAACUUGUAAUGAGGCGAAGAAGAACCAAUCAAGUUACGCUUGCAAGCAAAAUAGCAAUUGCUCUAAUUCACAAAAUGGUCCUGGGUAUUUGUGCCAUUGCCUUGAAGGUUUCAAUGGAAAUCCUUCCCUCCAAAAUGGUUGCAUGGAUAUAAAUGAAUGCGGAACAGGGUCACACCACUGCAAUUCUAGUUGUCACAACUAUCCUGGUGGAUAUAACUGUUCAUGUCCACCAGGAUACAUUGGUGAUGGAUGGAACAACGGUACUAGCUGCAUGGUCAAUCGCAACUCCAAGAGGUUUCUGGUCAUCGUUGUUGUACUGGGAAUCAGUACUAGCCUUUUAGUUUUACUUCUUUUAGUUUCAUGGUUACACAUCGGACUCAGACGAAGAAAUCUCAACGAGCUAAGAGAUCAAUUCUUUGAGCGAAAUGGUGGGAACAUGUUAAGAAGAGAACUUUCAAGACUCCAACUGUCUAAAGAAACAACUCAAAUAUUUACAGAAGAAGAUCUCAAGAAGGCGACAGGUAAUUACCACGAGAGUAGAAUCCUUGGUAGAGGACGCCAAGGAAUAGUCUACAAAGGUAUGUUACCAGAUCAACGUGUAGCAGCCGUAAAAGAGUCGUCCCGGAUUGGAGAUGAAAGGAAAGUUGAAGAAUUCAUUAAUGAAGUGAUCGUCUUCUCCCAAAUUAACCAUCGAAAUGUGGUUAAACUACUGGGAUGUUGUUUAGAGACUCAAGUCCCUCUACUUGUUUAUGAGUUUGUCACAAAUGGUACACUCUUCCACCAUAUCCACAAUGUAGAAGGCAACAAUAAUGCUUCACAGAUUCCACGGGAGACUCGUUUCAAAAUAGCGAGCGAGACAGCCGGAGCCCUUUCUUAUUUGCAUUCUGCUGCUUCAAUCCCAAUCAUUCACCGUGACGUGAAGUCUGCAAACAUUCUUCUAGACCACGACUACAUUGCCAAGGUAGCCAACUUUGGAGCUUCAAGGUUAAUCCCUCGUGAUCAGACAGAAUUAGUCACACUUGUGAAGGGCACUCUUGGAUAUAUGGAUCCUGAAUACAUGCACACAAGCCAAUUGACCGAAAAGAGCGAUGUCUAUAGCUUUGGGGUUGUCCUUAUCGAGUUACUCACUGGAAAGAAGGCAUUUUGUAUUCAAAAUCCGGAAGACAAGAGACACUUGGCUAUCCAUUUUGUUUCUGCAAUAAAAGAAGAUCGAUUGCUCGAAAUUCUUGAUCAUAGAGUGGUGAAUGCGAGCAAUAUCGAGAAGGUAAAGGAAGUAGCUAUGUUGGCUGGAAGUUGUGUGAGAGUGAAGGGAGAGGAAAGGCCAAGUAUGAUUGAAGUUGCAUAUAAACUAGAAGGGCUAAGAGCGAAAGGUGAUCAUGUUUAUUAA